GUUCUCGCUAGUCCAUCAUGUCAGAUACCACAUUAGCCCCAGAAGCUGGCUUCAAGUCAGCCAUCACCCAGCUCGACGAUGUCGAGCACUCAUCCGCCGACGAAAAGACCAAAGAUCCCAAUAUUGUCGACUUCGACGGACCCAAUGACCCUGAGAAUCCGAUGAACUGGUCCGCUACCAAGAAGACGAUGACCAUAGCCAUUGUUUCGGUUAUGACAAUGCUCUCCCCCAUCGGCUCAACCAUCAGCUCGGCCGGCGCCCCCGACAUCAUGUCCCACUUUCACUCCACCAACGCCUCCCUCGAGUCCUUUAUCACCACCGUCUACCUCCUGGGCUACACCUUCGGACCCAUUGCUAUUGCCCCCCUCUCCGAACUAUACGGCCGCGCACCGCUGUACAAGAUCUGCAUGGUUCUCUUCGUGAUCUUCAACAUCGCCUGCGCUGUCGCCAAUACUCUCCCCUCCCUGAUCGUCUUUCGACUGCUUGCCGGUGUCUGGGGCUCCUGCCCCGUUACCCUCGGCACAGGGUCUAUCGCCGACAUGAUCCCCCGCGAGAAACGCGCCGGGGCCAUGGCAGCAUACGUCCUCGGGUCAGUCCUCGGACCCACCAUCGGGCCCAUCUGCGGAGGCUAUCUAACUCCAGCGGCAGGCUGGCGCUGGAAUUUUUGGCUGCUGGCUAUAUUGGCGGGUGUUGUGGCCGUGGUUGUCAUUCUCUUCGUACACGAGUCUUACCCGUACGUGCUGCUCCAGCAAAAGACGCGGCGUCUGCGCAAAGAAACAGGCAACCCGAAUCUCCGUUCCGCGUUGGACACGGGGCGAACGCCCCGCGAGCUAUUCACGUUUUCGAUCUGGCGACCCCUGAAGAUGCUUCUCUCGCCGAUUGUCUUCGCGCUGUCCCUCUAUGCUGCGGUGGUGUACAGCUACAUGUACCUAUGCUUCACCACCUUCCCGCUUGUCUUCGCAGACCAGUAUGGCUUCGGUAGCGGGGCGUCGGGUCUGGCGACUCUGGGUCUGGCACUCGGUUCUGCGGUCGGGGUUGUUAUCUGCGGUGUGUCUGUGGAGAGACUGUCCGCGUAUCUGACGAAGAGAAAUGGCGGGGAGCCGAAGCCGGAGUAUCGGUUGCCUACUCUGGCUAUUGGGGGGGUUUGUGUCCCCAUCGGACUGUUCUGGUAUGGGUGGACAGCAGAGAGUAAGACGCAUUGGAUUGUGCCGAUUAUUGGGACGGGGUUUGUGGGGUCGGGAAUGAUAGUGACUUAUAUGGCCAGUUCUAUGUACCUAGUCGACGCGUACACCGUGUACGCCGCGUCAGUAACCGCCUCCAGCACCAUUCUUCGGUGUCUCUUCGGCUCUCUGCUCCCUCUGGCUGGCAACGCCAUGUUCAGCGCCUUGGGAGUCGGCUGGGGGAACUCGGUCCUGGGAUUUAUAUCCGUGGCUUUUCUGCCGGUUCCGUUCUUCCUGUAUCUGCUGGGGGAGGGACAUCCGAGCGGUGCCUCAGGAUUUGAGUCAGAUGCCUCAAUGCCAAUCAAAACAGGAAGCAACUACAACAUCCCCUACACAGAGGAGUUUGCGGACUCUCUAGAUAAAGAUGCACGCGCCCUUGCAGGAGCACUGGGCUUCCAAAAGACAUCCCAGAUAAAUGACCUGUUCUACACCGACCCCAACACGAGCAAUCUCCUCAACCAGUGGGUGAAUGAUCGCCAGGCGGUAUUUGGCCUUGUAUCAACCACAAGACCGGCGCCGGUGACAGUGUCACGACUAUUUGCUACGACUGAGGUUCCCCUAUAUGGGGCGCUGUUUGAUGCUGGCUCGCCACCCCGGAUCGGUGGUCUAGUGACAGCAAAAAAUAUCGUUGUCCUAAACAUGAUCUGGUACAUCCAUCGCUUUUUGGAAGCACACCCGACGUUGUUCCCAAAUUCUACAGUGAACCCCGUUAGCCUCCGCGACAAUGACCUCUUUCUGGAACCAGGGGAGUCUCGCCAGUAA